GGCGAGGAAACUGAUGGUGAGAGGAUUGCUGAAGCGAUGGACUAUUUUUCUUCUGUUUACGAUCAGCCGGGCAAUAGCAUCUUGGAUACAAGCACGGUAGAAGAAGGAAUUGUAUAUGCGGAGAAGCAUAUAUCGACGUUGGCAAGAUUGCCAUUUCUCGACAUGAUAGCGAAUAGUGCUACUGGUAAUGAAAAACCGCCAAAAAUACGACUAAAUGGAAUACCAUUUGAAAAAUGUUACAUUCUAAACACGGAGACAAUCAACGAAGGUCUUAUGUGGCGUGACAAUUUGGGUGCCUGGUCAGCUCAGAACAAACGGCCCAGCUGCAGGAGGUAUGAACUGGAUGAGGAUUUCUGCAUGACGGAAUACGGUGGUGCAUACGUAUUGAAGAAGCAGUAUGCAAUUCACCCGUACACAGAACCUCCGAACUCGCUGUCGAAAUGCCUGUUCGUAUUGAAAAAAGAGGACUUUGAUGAAAUCGAAAAGCAACUGCAAAAAGCUGAUCCAUUCGUUCGUUUCAUACUACACGAAAAAGGAAAUAAGCGCAUUUUUUGUGCCACGCGAUCGAUGCUGGCACAUUUCAGAGUAAGCUGCGUCCAAAGGCGCCAAAGUUUAGAAGACUUACUUAGCAGGAUUCAUCCUGGGAAAGCGAAUGUUGACCCUGGCCAUUUUACUGAUGAACGUAUAGCACAGGAAGCGAGAAACGGAGCACGGGAGUGCUACCUCCAUGUGACGUAUAACCUCGGCUUCUAUUGCACAACGCUAGUAUUCAAAUCAGCAGUUUUUGCCAAAAUAAAUGGGGAGCCAGCUAUUUGCUUCGGAGCAUUUAUGUUUAGCAGCGAAAAAUCCGAGAACGACUACCGCUGGUUCGCCUAUUUUUUGGCAGAUGCAAUUGAAAGUACAGUCAACGAUAGAGUGCGUUCCAUUGUCGUGGAUUCAGAAGCAGCAAUAAAUCAGAUCAGUGCAAUACCGUUGUUUAUGAGUCCCUGCAGCCAUAUACUGUGCGAGUCCCACUUACGCACGAAAGUUGAAAUGUUGUUGAGACAGUGCGGCGCAAAUAAAAAAGCUAAAACUGAAAUAUUGGCAGGAAUAUUCGGACAAGAAAUGCUAACGGAACACGGAAGAGAGCGAAAAUACGGGCUGGUCGACUGCAUUUCGGAAGAGGUGUUUAAGGAGCGCUUAGAACGCGAAAAGGAAAACUGGGAACUGUUAUGCAGCGGCUUCACGAAAAAGUUUUGGAGCAACAUUGUGGGAUCACGACUUGUCUUUUCAGGUUAUUUAUUGCCCGCGCGAUUUACAUCAGGCCUCGGUGUUGGCAGAGUGAUUGCGAAUCCCGCUGAGAACACAAAUGCGCGGCUGAAGAUUCGGCUGCAAAAUUUGCAGUGCACUGGUCUCCAUGUCAUAAUUCAUAUGUUGGAAGAAAGAUAUGAGAGAACGCGUCUGAAACGCUGCAUCAUCAAAAAUGAAGGAGAACUUGAGCUGACAGGAAAGUAUGCAGACUUUUCUGUUUCGAAAGAGGAAUGGAGCCAGAUGUCGCCACUUCAGAAGCUGUGUGCUUGGCGCAAGAUAUGCAUCGAGGAGGGCGAUUCAAGUGAAAUCAUGUCAAGUAUUUAA